UUCGCGAGAGCGGAUACAACUUUCCGAUCUCCCGCCUUUCUUAAAGGAUUGUGAACUUCAUUGAUCUACUAUAGAAUGCCGAAAGCUAAGAAGAAAACCCAACGACCACAGCGUUCCUCCCAGGCAGAGUCUUCGGAUGAAGAAGUGGAGGCGACCCAAUCCCUGACACAAGCACAGAGGGCGGUGUCCAACUUCUCCCAGGCAGAUAUACAGAAGAAGGUAACAGAGCUGGUGCAGUAUAUUUUGAUUGCAGACCAGAAGAAAAUUCCAAUCAAAAAGAAAGAAAUCAACAGACAUGUCCUGAAGGAAAUGAGCAAGAGUUUCCCAAUACUGAUCAAGAAGGCAGAAGAACAGCUGCAAUAUGUGUUUGGGUUUAAACUGCAGACAGAAACAACAGGAAAACAGACCAGUUACAUGCUGGUCAAUGCCAUAGAUCUUAAUGAAGAUGAACCACAUCUGAAAUGGUCCCCAGAAGAAAAUGCUAAGACUGGUCUUCUGAUGAUUAUCCUCAGUCUUAUCUUUAUGGAGGGGAAUGUAGUCCCAGACACAAAGUUGUGGCAUACACUGAAAAGACUUGGAGUAGACUCAGAGAAGAAUCACGAGGUGUUUGGUGACGUCAAGAAGUUGGUGACGCAAGAGUUCGUACGUCAGGCGUACCUGGAGUAUGUACGUCAACCAAAUACAGACCCACCGUCCUUUGAAUUCCGGUGGGGUUCUCGUGCACAGGCUGAGACCACCAAGAGAAAUGUGCUGGAGUUUGUUUGCCAGAUUUACGGAAGGGAAGUAGAUGAUGUAGAUAGUCCAGAGUAUGGUAACUGUGUACCUAUGGAACUGACCAAGUGGACCUCACAGUACCAAGACGUCGUAAGAUCUGAAAUGGAAGGUCCAAAUGUCAGCCAUAACGAAGACUCCAGUUGAGAGAGAAACGAGUUUCUGGACUGAUGGACCAAAACUAGCUUUUAGUCAAAAAGAAGUUCUGUAGAUACAGCGUGUAACCAAAUAACAGUAAUUUAGAUUCCGGGGUGGAGAAAAUUAAACAGUAAAGAAGAAAAAUUACAAGAUAAUGGUGUCCUAGUUUAGCCUGUGUCAUCUACGAUAGAGUCCCAUUUGUAAUACAUCAUUCCCAUUCCCAUUGAUUUCUUUACCAAAGUCCCGUCCUAGAUUGUGAACCAUUUACGUCACGCUAACCCUGAACUGUAUGAAUUUAAUGACGGGUGGCGUCUGUUACCAAUUUCCGUCACACCAGCAGAACAAUCUUUUAACACAAUUCAAAUUUUAAGUGAAGUAAACUUUUUGAUACUGCAUCACUGGUACAUUGUUUAUUUUUCAUUUCCCUAGCAAUCUCUUGUUACACUUCAAGACCUAAAGACUGGCGUCCAUUGCCUGUGGGUCUUGUGGAAGGAAUUCUGUUGGAAACGUCAGAGAGGAACCGGUAGUAUACCGCCAAAGCGAACGAUAAACUACGCUUCUGCUUGGUGUAAGUGUGCUCUCAAAGUAUUAGUCGCAUUAUGUUGCUCAUUGUAACUUUUUUUAUUGCACUAGAUCAAUAAACGCUCCUUUUGAU